AGUAUAUGAGAGGCAACAGUGAGCGCCGCUGUUCAAUCUCGUUGCGCGUGACAUUGGUGAACAACACGUCUGCAUACCAUAGAUAUGAUCAACGUGUUCGAACGCUGAGAGACCGUAAAAGCGUAGCCGCUUCUCAACAAGAGAGAGUGCGCGACCGGAUCCCCGCAGAUCAAGCCUCGAACUGAUGAUGGUUCCAAAAGGUUCAAAUAGGUCGUAAAUCUGUUGGACGUCUGGAGAGCAGCUACAUCUUGAUCUGUUAUUGAAAUGAGAUGUUAAAUGAUCAUGAUAAGUAAUCAUAGAAUCCAAGGGUAAAGAUAUAGGCCCGAAGAGCACUGCAACCCGAGUGGCUAAAGUGGCUUCCUGGACAACCCACAGACGCUGGAACCAGGAAUUAUUGCGAAAGAAGAAGCUCAAGGAUUUCCACGAAAAGUCAUGGUGGAGUGACAUGAACGGAUACGACUGUGAUGGAAAACAUUGGCGCUUUCUCAGAAGUUGAAGUGCAAACGAACUGUGAAUAGCGCGCUCCGACAUAGUGAACCGGGGUAGAUAGAAAUCCGCAGAGGUAAACCCCUGAGCUUCUGCUUCAGAACCACGUUUGUUCAGUGUCUUGAACCUGGUCCAUACUGAAUUUUCAAUGUCGUCACCGCCUGGCACAGAGAAGUCCACCGAGGGUUGGUAAUCGCAGCACACUUGAGCGUCCAUCGUUCUUUCCAACUCUCCGAGCCAAACAUAGCAUUGGUAGCAAUUUGAAUAGAUAUCCGACAUUAGGCCGACCUGAUGUUUGCGCUCCUGGAUGUUUGCUUGAUUAAUGCACAAAGCAUCAACCCACAAGGCCCGCGUGUCUCCUUUGGCUAGUUCUCGGAUACGUCGCAAGGCUAUGAAAAGAUUUGGUUUUAUGUCGAAGAUACGGCCAUUGACCUCAAGCUUGCAGGUUUGCAGGUGAGUCCCCCAUGCAUAUGAUAGUGCAUAGUAUGUUGUUUCUGUGGACAGUUGUACUGCGUCCAUGGUGCACUUUAUUGGGUCGUGCCAAUCGCCAGGUUGAAUCCGAAUUACGCGAAUCUCUUUCUUGCUCUGUUCCAAAGGCAAUUCGGCAUACACAUUUCUUUGCUCCAUACUUUGCUUCACCUCAGGCUUGGGAAAUCUGAUGCCGAACUUCGUUGAGUAAUAUCGAGCCAUCUUAUCCUCUGGGUCCCAGCUCCGUCGACGCACUCCUUCAUUAGUCAUGAAUACCAACGAGGACAUAUUGCUGUCUCUUGUUUACUGGCAGACAAUACAAUUUGGAAGAAUGUGUUUGAUUUUCAAGCGGUUUCCAAAGCAUGAAGUGCGACCUAGAUCACAGAGACUGGACCGGUGAAAUGAUGUCGAUGCUCAGCCUUGUUCGUAUACAAGGUGCCGGUAAACGCAAAGAGGGGCGCAGUGUCGUAAAGCGGCAUGCCAAGGUCGCCCUCAAUGUCUGUUCACCGCACCUACGCUAUCUCUUCGAUACCUAGAAACACCCUCUGCAGAGCGGCUAGGUAAACUUUUGUGCUCUCACCUCUCAUUCUUUAUAGUGGGCGAAUUAUUGCAAAUUCCAGCCUAUUGAGAUUUAUCGCACUGACUGCCUCGUGAGUUGCUGCCUGGAAAGAGAAUGGGAAAUCGCAACCAACCGCACUUUGUAUCGAGCUUCCCGGCGUCAAAGUUCGACUACCUGAACAAGGUACAUUUCUACUCUCAUAAUGGCUGCUGCUUUCCUAUAAUAUAUGCCACUGGAUACUAUAGCCGAGCACAUACCCUAGAAGUUCUAUACAGGCAUUCGUGCCGAACAGCUUCCAUUUUUCUGCUCUUGGGAAAUCUUUCUAUUGGUUUCUUAUAUCACCUAAUUCUUUAUAGAAUUUUUAGAUAGCUGUUUGUCGCGAAACAGAACUUAAUUAGACUUGUGUGCAAAAAAGCACUCUUCGGACUGACUUCGAAGUGAGAUGUGAAAAAAUGAAUUCGCUCCAUUCUAUAUAUUCAAGAAUUGACCUGCUCGACUUUACAACCAUGGAAUCAGAACAGUGAUUGACUUUUACAAUUAACUGCCGACAACUUGGUGAUGAAGGCAAAAUGGUUAUUUGGCCACUUAUGUCUUCAAAACUUCUUUUCAACAAUGCGAAAUUCCCACAUGGUGGUGUUGAAGAAUUGCGUGGUUUUCAGGAGUGGAGGACGUUUCGCUGAGGUUAACCAGACAUCAGAUACAGCAGUAUACUAUGCCUGCCAAACAAGUGUUCUUUCCUAUUCGGUCGAUACCAGUUUAAGUGGGAAUGCAAGAGUCCAUUCAGAGAUAUUUUGUCUCUGCCCGCUGAUUUGAGAAACGGUUGUAUUUUCAAUCUUAAGUCUAUUUUGCUUUGAUGUGUUUCAAUUUUUAUUUUCACCCACAAGGGUCAAGAGCCUUAGCACAAAACAAAGUAUGCUACUAUAGCAAGAGAAUACAGGAUUAAAUCCAAAGUCAUCGCAGUCAUGAGCACGAUAAUUGAGAACUAUAGCAUCCAAAUCAACCUACGGCCUCUAUGUACAACGUACAUAAAGAUUAGAAGCAAGCAACCUCACUCCGCAAAACGACGAAACAAACGCCAACAUCCAGCACUCCUCCCCAAGAAAACAUAAACAUCAAGAUAAGUUGUACAGACAAAUAUCAAGUAACAAACCAAUACAUGAAUGCUAAACCCAACAGCACCUCUUCGCUGACCCAUCAAAUUUUAAUACCCUCAUCCCUCGUCGAUGCAUAACUCCAAGAGAUUUCGCUAUCAACCCCAACUCUCGCGUCAUGAACCAACCUCUGAUCUUCCCCGCUCCCCCCGCCCAGCCUGCCCGACAAGGACAUAUCGCAAUUAAAAAGGAUCAAGAUAUCUAUUUUUUCUCGCUUGUCCCUACUCCGUUGUGCGUAUCUUAUGCCGGAAACCCUGUUCUUCCGCUUACCUUGGGGGACCCCCACACAUGGACGAAAUAUACAGUCAAAAAGUAUGUUGUCUACUUUGCGGACAUAGGGACGCGAUCUCCAAAUUCUGCGCGCUCUGUGUGUACAUGUCAAUGCACUGGACCUUAGCACCUCGAAUCUCUCCACAAUCAAGCAAGAACUAUUUGAUCAAUCGAAGGGUUCCACCAGCCAUUCAGAGCGAUUCAAAGACCGCGUGAGUGUAUACAGCACGCGUAGGUGCGGCGGAUAGGCCCGGCCAUGUGUCGUGCAACGGCGCUCAGAUGAUGCAAUGCGCAUGAACCAGCCUGGGGUGUACUUAUCGGAAACUGGCCCACAUUUAUGUUGAAAGUUACGGCGGAGUGUGUCGUGAAAUUGUGGCUCGAUGUUGCAAUGCAGUUUGAUACGAUCGCGUACACGCAAUGAAAGAUAGGGUGAUUAGAAGUGGCCAGCUUUGGAUUGUCUAGGUAUACGUGCAUAUAAAUAUCAGCAGAGUACUUGCGUCCAUAUAUCUAGAUUCUGUAUAUGUAGGGCGGCUUUUCUAUCCUUCCGCAAUUGUGUGUACUCGCAAUGCCCUUCCCACGCUUUCGCGCCUCGAAACGCAAUCGUGAUUACGCGACUCAUAUUCACACCACAUCGACGGGUGUUGUUAGCAGCGGUGAAGGAGAUAUUCGCGAUGGCGAUUUAGCAUACGUGGUCGAGCAGGGCGGCAACGACAGUCAACCGUCGUAUCAAGAGGCAGCGGGGGCGCCUGUCGAAACAAAAUCGCCAUUCGGAUACUCAGUUGGGGCUGUCACUAUCAUCUUCCUCAACCUGAGUAAGAUGGUUGGCACGGGUGUUUAUUCGACGCCAUCUUCUAUCCUGGCUGGUACUGGGUCCGUCGGACUGAGCAUGAUCUAUUGGUUCCUCGGAUGGAUAUUGUCGCUCUCAUCGCUGGCCGUAUAUCUCGAAUAUGCAGCCUACUUCCCAAAUCGUUCGGGCAGCGAAGUCGCAUACUUGGAACAAGGCUUCCCGCGUCCUAAGUAUCUGAUACCCAUCACUUUCGCGGUGCAGACUGUAGUUCUGUCUUUCAGUAGCGGCAACUCAAUUGGUAAGUUCUCGCUUGUAUCUGACUCAAAGCCCAACAGAAGUGAGCGAAAUACUGACGAUCUUUGGCCAGUCCUGUCAAGCUAUCUCUUCGCAUGUAGCGGCCACAAACCCACCCCCUGGCAACUCAAAGGUGUUGCUAUAGCAGGUUAUACGGUAGCAUGCUUACUCCUUGUCUUCCAUACUCGACUCGGGUAUAGGAUUUCAAACGGCAUUGGUGUUGUCAAGUUGCUCACGCUCGUCUUCAUUGCCAUCACUGGCUUCGUGGUGUUGGGCGGCAACACCAAGGUGUCAGAUCCGCAGAUCAACUUCCGCGACUCCUUCGCAGGGAAGACGACGGCAUACGGCGCUUGCAAUGCCAUGUACAAGAUUGUUUUCUCGUAUGCGGGAUACGAGAAUGCCUUCAAUGUGGUCAACGAAGUCAAAAAUCCAGUCAAGAAGAUGAAAAUCAAUGCUUUCAUCGCGCUAACUGUAGUCGCUGUCUUCUAUAUCUUUGCGAAUGUUGCAUACUUCUCGGCUGUCCCGAAAGCCGAACUGCUCAAGGCUAAAGAGAUCUCGGCCUCAUUGUUCUUCAAACAUGCACUGGGCGAUGGAAGAGCAAUUAAGGGAUUGAAUUUCCUCAUCGCUCUUUCCUCGUUUGGAAAUCUCGUGGCUGUCCUCAUCGGGCGCUCAAGGCAGAUCCGCGAAUGCGCUCGUCAAGGUGUGCUCCCUUAUCCGCGGUUCUGGACGACCACCAAGCCAUUUGGAACCCCAAUCGGCCCAUACUUUAUCCAAUGGAUCUGGACUGUGAUCAUGAUUCUUGCCCCUCCCGCUGGUGAUGCGUUCAACUUCAUUGUCGACCUUCAAGUUUACCCUCACAACGUAUUCCAACUGAUCUUGGGAGCCGGCUUAUUUCUUGUACGAUGGCGUCGCAGUCGCCUCAACCUACCACGAGGUGAAUUCCGUGCGUGGACUUUGGUCGUAGCUUUCAACAUUCUGGUGAACCUGUACCUCAUUGUCAUGCCUUGGUACCCUCCGGCGUCUGGGCGAUAUGGAGGUGAUGUCAGCUUUUGGUAUGGGACCUAUGUUGUCACUGGAAUCGGCGUCCUGAUCCUAUGUGCCAUCUACUAUUUCGGUUGGAUGUACGCACUCCCUCACUUCCGUGGGUACGCCCUCCGGCAGGAAGUCGCAGUGCUGGAAAACGGUGCGCAAACCCAUAUCUUGAUCAAGGUACCUAAUUCCGAGAUUGCUGAAUGGGACGCACAUCACGAUGCGCUUGGUAGGAGCGUAAAUGGAGACAGCGCGAGUGAUACGAAGGAGAAUGUCGUGGUUGAAGAGAAGGCAUAG